GGCGCGUGCGGCGCGAAGAAGCUCGCCACUAGUAGCAGCUAAAGCACGCGCUAAGCUAACCCCCCCUCCGCAAAAAAAAAAAAAAAGGAGCGCGGGCUUUAAAGGCGGGCGUCGUCGCGCCGCACGCGCCGAGCGAGCAAAGAUAGGGGUGAUAGCUUUCAGCGUACUAAAAGGUGGAAUGCCGAAGGUUGGGGAGCGCCGAGCAAAGGGCAUACACACAUUGGAGUAAGCCAUGCACCCUCAUUCUGGGCUUACUUCCAGGCGGCACAGUUUGUACCGCAAGCCACGUGCUCCUCUGUCCGCAUUUAAUUUUUCCCCGGUAUUACAUGAGUGGUUUUAUUUCAGAUCAAACACGCCUCGGGUCUCGGGGUAGGCACCGUGUUUGCACGAUUCUAUCGUGCCCCCGAUUGUAACGCGGAGGUAUAUUUAGAACUCAAAUAUUCUGAAAAUAACUUGAUGCCGAUUGUACCAUGCAGGUAAAAAGAGGGAGGUUGAACACAUACUUCAUAGAAUAAAUUUUAUGAAAUGCACGCCAACGCAAAAAUAAAUACCAUGCACUAGUCACUGUUGUCGGGGCUCGACGAUGGUUUUUCGCUGUCCACAUAGGUAAUUCUUGCUGUCGUCUAAAGCAUUUUAGGUUCCGCGCUUCUUGCCCUUGUACGAGUGCGUGACCGUCGUCCCUGGGAAGGUUGUCUUCACAACAACCUUGCAAGCUCGUCGGGUAGCUGGGAUUGCAAGGCCAUGCAGUGCUGCUCCGUUAUCUUUUCCCACCAGCGUGAUGGCGUUUCGUUUAAAUAAUGCCUCCUAGUCUACUUGUUUUUUCUUUUUCCAUCUUAAGACGGCAGACAUGAGUCCUAGACAUGACAGAAUGAGCAUGAUACGGAUACCAAAAUGGUGAAUGUAAAUAAACAAUCACGGUGGCAAUGGGGUUAGCCACCUUGUAGCGGGUAUUGCAUUUUUCUUUUUGAGUUUUGGCUUUUGGUUUUGAUUGUAACGUGCAUGUAUUUUUGGGCACCGAUUUUAGCGGAAAAAAAGUGUGCGCUACAAUUGUGCAAACACGGUAUUUUAAUUUACCUAAACAGCAUGAUUUCCGUAAGGAGCAAAGCUGCUCUAAGAUGUUUUUAAAAAAUAGAGCAAGAUGAAAUACUAUUUCCGUUGCUUGAUGUUUACACCUAGUUCUGUUGGUUGUUAUAAACAGGUAAGGGUGAAAGCGCUUGCACAGUUUUUUUUUCUUCAUAUAUUAAUAUAUAAUACAGGUCUAUUUGUUUUGUUCGAGGCCAGAUAUAAAAAAAAUGCUAAACAUCAUACCUUCAACAUUUUGGUGAGAUAUUUGGAGACUUUUAUCCCAAGAUUCAUCUCAAAUGUUUGCUAAAUACUGUACACCCGCAGUCCCAUAUUAGCGCUGUCGACUGGACAUCCUUGUAACUGUUUCCCCUGUUAGGAAUAUGACUUUUUUUCUAUGCCUAUUUCAUUACAAUUGAUUAAUAACCUAUAAGGAAUAUGACUUCUUUCCUAUGCCUUGUUUAUUGUGGGAAAACGAAUGUUACUUUCUGUGUCUUCCUAACAGAGUUGGCCAAUGCAGACUGGGAUAGCUCAUGCAGUGAGGAGAGCAGCAACUCGUCCUCUUCUGAAGAACAAUUCAACCAGAUACGGCGCAAUAUACGAGAGAAGUCCAGGCAUAAGUGCCGCUUCUGCCCUUUAUCCAGUGUCUCGAAAAUCUGCAUCACCCAGCACGAAAAGACACACCUGGGAGAGCAGCCUUUCAGUUGCAACGUCUGCCAAAAGGAGUUCAUCAGCGAGCGCGGUUUAAACAUUCACGCGCACUGUCACAGGAGCAGGGCACACUUCAGAUGCUCCGCUUGCCCGCAAGUAUUUCUGCAGGAAAGUGACCUGUGUCUUCACCAAAGGAUUCACACGGGUGAACAUAAAAAAUUUGGAACAAAGUGUUUCUCGACUACUCUUGCGAGUGUCAAAAUGAGUGAAAGGCGCUUUAAAUGCCCCACUUGCCCUAAAGCGUUUUUUACAAAGUGGAAAUUGAAAGUUCAUGCAGUGUCUCACGUGGAAGAAAGGCCCUUUAAAUGCUCUGCCUGCCCUAAAAAGUUCAGAAGAAAAUGCAAUCUGGAUGAACAUGAAAGGACACACACAGAUAAAAAUUGCUUUAAAUGCCCCAACUGCCCUAAAGCCUUUGCAACUAAGUGGCGAUUGUCAAGUCACGAAAAGACACACUCGACCGAAAGGCCCUUCACAUGCCCCACCUGCCCUAAAAAGUUUCGAAAGCUGAGUUGCUUGACAAAUCAUGAAAGGGUCCACACGGGUGAAAGGCCCUUUAAAUGUGCCGUCUGCCAUAACAGCUUUCGAACAAAAAGUAACUUGGCUGUUCAUCAAAAAGUUCACACAAACGAAAAUUGCUUUCAGUGCCCCACCUGCCCUAGAGCCUUUAAAGUGAAGUGGCGAUUGACAAAUCAUGAAAAGGAAACUCACCCAAAGGAAGCCUUGAAAUGCCCCAAGUGCCCUGCUCAAAGUUUUCAAACAAAGAGGCACCUGUCUGAUCAUGAAAUGACUCGCAGGUGGGAAAGACCCCCGGGGCCAGUUGACUGCCCAUAAAAGCUUUACGUUGAUGAGACAUCUAAGAAAACUAGCUGAAAUUACCAUGAAACAGUUAAGAACAGCAUAAUGACCGGUCAAUGUGAAACAUGCGAAUGACACCAUUAUCUAUUUGAACGUACUGCAACCUCCAAUGAGGUCACAGAUAUUGAGCUUCAAGAUACCACCACUACUGAUAUUUGCCUUAAGUCAUUUUUAUACUUCAAAUGCCCAAAAGUGUUUUCUUUGAAAUUGAGCAUCGGUCUUCACAAGACUCUAAAUGUGAAAAUGCCUAAAAAUGCGAAAGCUGUAGGGAAACAUUCAUACAGAAACUGGACCCGUGUUUGUUACAGACUACUCACAUGGGCAAAAAGCAAUACACCAAGCGGCCCGGUGCACUCUCGAGGAAUCAUGGGACCGGUUUUCCUUCAGUUCCCUAGUGAUUGAUAGUUUCGACCAAUUCGAGGCUUACACACUUUUAACUGUAAUCCAAAGUCAUCCUAAUAUGCGCCGUGUAGAUUGCAGAGACCUGUCUUGCCAUUUUUAAAAUUUCUCGCCAAUGUACGCGUUUUUCACUCUGCAUGCAAUGCACCCUUUUACCUGUCCGAGUUGCAGAAAUCUCUUGCAGUAUUAUCAUUCUCGUGAUUCUUUCCCUUUAGCAGGAAUUGCCUAAAAAGGCAGAAAAUUCACAAUAACCGCCACCAAGAUUUAGUUCCGAGUCAGCGGGGCUGUUUAUAGCAUUUUUAGCGUAUCUAGUAAAUAUCAGCAUCUUUGAAGCUGUACAAGAAUGAUGAUAAUGUAAGAGAUUUGUGCAGCUUAGCCUUCGUUGCUGAAUCGUGGAAAAUUUCUCACAAACAUAGCUCUAGGGGGCGAGGGGAUACUAAACUCGAACACAUGUAAAAUAAGAGAUUUCUUAUUUUUAAACGUCAUGUUUUACAUGCGUUCAAAUUAUUUUACCCCUUGGCGUUAGGCUUUCCACACAAGGAUGGAAAUUUCCCAUGAUUCGACAACAUUGAGCUCAGCCAGGUUGAAGGGUGGAUUGCCUGCACUAUAUCAACAACGCUGACAUUGACAGUGAUAUGGCAGAUCUCUGGAAUCUACACAAUGCUUGUUCAUGAUGAUGCCGUGUGUAAGCAUAGAAUUGGUCGAAAUCACAGAUCACUAGUGAACUGUAGGAACCGUCGCCAUGAUUACACAUAAAUGCCCCACCUUCCCAAUUGCAUUCCCUUUGAUAACUGAAAUAUUGAUGAGACCCCACAAAAACUUAGGAAUGUUGUACAUAUGUGUAAUAGGGAUGAUUGAAUAAAUAUACUGUUUUUCAGUC